GAUUAUUAUUAUUAUUAUUAUUUACCGUCUGAGACCUCAGAAGGCCGAGAUUCUAGUGGAAGGCCGACAGAAUCUGGCUAGGGUCCGACGAGAUCUUACUCGUGGUUUGGAAGAUGAUCGUGUGCGUCGCCGUCGUCGGACACCAGAACAAUCCGCUGUACUUGCAGAGCUUCACUGAAGCUGAUGACGCCUUGAAACUUCACCACAUAGUGCACUGUUCAUUGGACGUCAUCGAAGAGAGAGUAAACAAUCCUAAGAAGAGUGGGCCUACUUUGAAUGAGACGUUUCUUGGACUUUUAUAUCCUACAGAAAACUAUAAAGUAUAUGGAUAUUUAACCAACUCAAAGGUUAAAUUCAUCUUGGUGACAACUGAUUUGGAUGUUAGAGAUGCUGAUGUCAGAAAUUUUUUCAGGUGGUUCCAUUCUGCUUAUGUUGAUGCAGUAUCCAAUCCUUUUCACCUUCCUGGAAAGAAGAUAACAUCAAAAACUUUUGCUUCAAGAAUCAGCACUCUAGUCAAGUCUUUCGGAUCGACUGCACCUGCAUGAUAGUAUCAAACAACAUUUAUUCAUGUUUUUGUUAUGAAAUCCAUUUUAAUCUGCAUUCUUCAGUUUGCAAAACCAAUAUAUGUUAACAUACUUCUAAACAACCUUAUUAUCAGUAAAGUUGCUGAACUUUUCAGAAUUCUGAUA